CAUUAGAAACAAACCUAAGGAGGCUCACAUGGAAACAAAGGCUGCCGCUGGUCAGCUUGUGUACGAAGAUUUCGUCCCUUCACACAAGGUGGUUAAAGAGGAAGGGACCGAUACCCUCAUCGUCGAGCUCUCAGAAUUUAAGAAAGAGGAAAUCAGCAUUUACUUUGAGAACUUUGAUAAUCUGAGAAUUAGGGGGGAGCAUCCUCUUGCAGACAACCGAUGGAGUCGAUUUCACAAGGACUUCCAACUAGAUGGCUGCAAUGAGAUCCGUUCUAGGUUUGAGAAUGGGCGUCUCGAUGUGAAAAUGCUUCCAAGUGCAAAAGCUGCCAUCAAAAUAAAAGAAACCACCGUAAAAGAUCAGUCUAUACAAACUCAGCAACCCAAGACGCCGAAACCGAGCACUGGUAAAGAUGACAUGAUUGUUCCUAAGAAACAAGAUGUAAAGGAAGUCAAACUGAUCGAUCCAAGAAAAGAUGAAGAGAAGGUAGGAGAGAAAGGGAAGGAUCAAACCGAAGAGAAGAAAGAUAACGAGAAGCUUAAGGUACUUGAAUCGGGCUUGGGCUUCUCCAAGCCCAUGCAGCUCCUGGUUAACAUAAUUGUGGGCAUUGUGAUCUUGGUUGUGAUGGCAUUGUACAUGACCUCCAGAAACUAAGAUUUGCAUGCUUCCAUUGGGACAUUGCUGGCAUCUGUGGUUUAUCAAAUGCAUAUGAUACCUAGAAGGAAAAUAAAGUGAGACAUUGUUGG